AUGGAUCAGGCAAACAUCCACAAAACUAACAUGGUGUCUGAAACCAUGAGAGACUUGAACCUGGAGACAAUUCUGAUCCCAGGAGGAUGCACAAAGCACUUGCAACCUCUUGAUGCGAUUGUCAUCGCUAAUUUCAAGAGAAAAAGCACUCAAUUCAGGAUUGAGUGUGAGACAGAACAGAUUGAGAAAAGAUCGAAAGGAGUGGCAACAUCAAGGCACUCGAUCGUCAGCAGCUGAUCAACAUUGUCUCAAAAGCUUGGAUUGAGGUGAAACCAGAAGUCGUUAUUAGGGGUUUUGAGAUAA